CCGCGAGAUUUCUACAAAAUGUUUAAGCGGGAACAUCGUGCUGGAUGUUUGUAAGGGUACCUACAUGGAUACAGGAGGUGUGUUAGAGCUGUUUUCUGAAGUUGAAAAGCUCCGUGUUCAAUUAAUGAACAAUGUCGAAGUCAUGCCAGACUGCCAGCGUGUCGAAGGAGAAGUCAGUCACAAGGAAAUUUUGACCUGCAUUGAAAACAUAAUCCUAGGAAUAGUGACCAGUCUGUCCAAAGAUGAAGCCCCUAUCCUGGCACUGCCCAACAGAUCCAGCUGGGCCAAUAUCAGUUUUGACAGUGCCAUCGGGCUUCAGAUGGUUUCAGGAAGUUCUAUCACCACCAUUAGGAGUGACUGUCCUUCAUCUGUCACUAAAUUUGCACAAAUAGUCAAGAUUCUCUCCGUCAUCUACAGACUUGUCCAGAGCAACUCGUAUGCGACGAAAAGAGACAUCUAUUACAGCAAUACACAGCUCUUUGGUUCCCAGUCAGCCGUUGAUAGUAUAGUGGAUGAUAUCUCCUGCAUGCUGAAGGUUCCUCGCAGAUCACUUCAUGUGUUGGCCACUUCCAAGGGAUUGAUCUCAGGUGAUCUGUGUUACAUGGAGGAGGACGGCACAAGGAUCGACUGCUAUUCCAGCUCUACUGCUGCUGCGGUAUCAUCAAAUAUAGCUGGGAUUAGAAAUAUUGUAUCAUCUGCAAAAUUUGUAUUGAUCGUUGAAAAGGAUGCAACAUUCCAGAGACUGCUGGAUGACGACUUCUGCACAAAGCUCUCUCCCUGCAUCAUGAUCACGGGUAAAGGCGUGCCAGAUGUGAACAGCAGGCUGAUGGUGAGGAAGCUCUGGGACACGCUCCAUAUUCCUGUCUUCGCUCUUGUAGAUGCGGACCCUCACGGCAUUGAGAUCAUGUGCAUCUACAAGUACGGAUCAGUGGCCAUGUCUUUUGAGGCCCACAGUUUGACCGUCCCCAGCGUUAUGUGGCUAGGCCUCCUCCCCUCUGACCUCCAGAGGUUGCGGGUUCCUGAAGAUGCCCUGAUCCCCCUCACCAAGAGAGAUGAAAGCAAACUCAGCAGCCUUCUCAAAAGGCCCUACUUAACCAGCCAACCAGACUGGCAGAGGGAGAUGGAGUUGAUGCAGCAGACUAAGGUAAAGGCUGAAAUCCAGUCCCUGGCAGCCAUAGCUCCGGAUUUCCUCACCAACACCUACCUGCCCAACAAGCUGCGUUAUGGAGGCUGGGUGUGAGCGCAAUGCUGCCACCUAGUGGAAUAAGGAGUGAACUGUGCUGCCUACUUUGUCAAAAAAAAAAAUUAAUUUAAUUUUGUUUGAUUUGUAAUGUUUACACAUUGAUCAGUGAAUGUGUGUUUCUUUGUUUUGGAAAUGCCUCAUUAUAUCAUUAAAACCCCUGUAAUCCCA